AUGAUGUGGAGGGUUUAUCUAGUUGUACUCAAUUGUUUAGUGCCAUCGAUCGUCGCUCAUGUCUGCUUGAAUACCACUCAGUACAGUCCGUGUUCAUCGAACAUCGCAUGUGGCUGUUUGAUACUAGCAGGUGCAACGAACGAUGGUAUAUGCUCCUAUCUGUACACUGCAUGUUCUGAAUCGAAUGCAUGCGCUCCUGAUAAUCGAACGUGCCUGGAGCCGGAUCAUACGUGUGUACAGCAUCCACGUUGUGGUAAUAAACCAUUAUGUUUUCCAACAAGCAUGUCUACUCAAGCAUUUUGUCCGCCGAUGUCAUCGACAACAAUCGAUCCAUCGUUACCUCAUGACGGAAUAUGUGCGCAAACGAAGUGGAAGCGUGAUGGGAUUAUUGUUGCCACAGACGUUGAUGGAUCCGACUCCAAUGAAGUGCGACCGAGUGCUAUAUUCGUUGAUGAAAACGAUGCAAUCUAUAUUGCGGAUCAUGCUAACAAGCGUAUAGUUAAAUGGGAAGCAGGUGCAACAAAAGGUCAAGUUGUAGCUGGUGGUCAUGGUGACGGCAAUGCUAAUGAUCAAUUUACUGAUGUGAGAAGUAUUGUUGUUGAUAAGAAUGGCACGAUGUUCAUCUGUGACAGAGGCAAUCGACGCGUGCAACGAUGGCUUAAGAGUGCCAAUCAGGCAAGUACUGUUCUCGAUGAUAUUUUGUGCUUUGGAUUGGCUCUCGAUAAUGAAGGAUCACUUUAUAUAUCUGAUGGAGCACAUGAUCGGGUGAUUAAAUGGCCAAGUAAUGAAACUGUUGCUGGCGGUCAUAGUGUAGGAUUUGAUUUAAACCAGUUGAAUGAUCCACGACAGAUAUUCGUCGACCGACACAAAUCAGUUUAUGUGGUGGAUGGUUACAAUUAUCGCAUAGUUAAAUGGCCUGUUGGUGCUCAAGAAGGUAUUGUUGUAGCUGGUGGUAAUGGUGAAGGUGUUGGUAAAAGUCAAUUAUCGUAUCCAAAUGGCGUAGUUGCCGACGAUUCAGGUACUGUUUAUGUUCUCGAUUAUGGUAAUGACCGAGUAACACGGUGGUUUCCAAAUGCACCGUCAGGCAUUCUUAUUCUUGGUCGACCAGGUUUUAACGACCCAGAUGAUACAUCUGUCAUCUAUCGUUCAAUAGACAUGACAAUGGAUCGACAUGGCAAUUUAUAUGUUGUUGAUAUUAUGAAUGAACGCACCUUGAAAUUUCUUGUAGACAAGAGUGCUUGUAUUCAAAGUAAUUGA